UAUUUAAACCUUGCACAGGGGAGUCGCUUCCUUCCUUCUCUAGCUUCCAGCUAAAGCUCGGCUAGCCUUGCUCAGACGACCAGCAACCCGCCUGAACGGUUUGAACGAGUCGGUUCCUAACGGUCGCACUGAUUUUGAACUUGUAGUCAUGGAGAUCACGUUCACAGGCAAGCGCGCGCUAGUCACGGGAGCUGGAAAAGGCAUUGGACGAGCCACCGCUCUGGCUUUGGCACGUGGUGGAGCAGAUGUUACAGCAGUGACAAGGACCCAGGCCGAUCUGGACAGUCUUGUGCAGGAGUGUCCGUCUAUACAGCCUGUUUGUGUGGACCUGGCAGACUGGGAUGCGACAGAGCACGCGCUGAAGAACGUAGGUCCUAUCGACCUUCUAGUCAACAAUGCGGGCUGUGCCAUGCUCGAGUCAUUUCUCGAGAUCACGGAAGCCCAGUUUGACAAGUCUUUCAACGUCAACGUGAAAGCUGCUCUGCACGUCGCACAAAUCGUGGCCCGAGGAAUGAAGGCCAGGGGAAGUCCCGGCGCCAUCGUGAACGUCUCCAGCCAAGCUGCACAGUGCGCCUUUAAAGAUCAUGCCGUGUACUGUGCCACCAAAGGAGCUCUUGACAUGCUUACGAGCGUGAUGGCACUGGAACUGGGGCCAUACCAGAUCCGAGUGAAUUCCGUGAACCCCACCGUGGUAUUGACGGACAUGGCAAAAAUAGGAUGGAGUGACCCUGUGAAGGCCAAGGGCAUGAUAUCACGGAUACCAAUGGGCAAAUUUGCUGAAGUGGAAGAUGUUGUGAACUCCAUAUUGUUUCUUCUGAGCGAUAAAACUGCUAUGACCAAUGGAGUGACCCUUCCGGUAGAUGGCGGCUUCCUUGCUUGCUAGAUGAGACAUGAGAUAUUGCUUGCGUCCUGUUUAGAAAGAAUAAACAGUAACACCAAAAAAGCUUAA